AUGACCUCUAAGCUCGCGCAAAAUCUGAAGCAACCCGCCUUGGACUUUUUGUCCUUUGUCAAUGCCUCUCCGACUCCCUUUCAUGCUGUACAGUCUGCAAAAGAACUCCUCAUUAAAGCAGGAUUCCAGGAAAUCAAGGAAAAAGACUCUUGGGCUUCAACAUGCCGGCCUGGCGGAAAGUAUUAUCUGACCCGCAAUAGCUCAACCAUCGUAGCUUUUGCAGUAGGCAAGAAAUGGAAGCCUGGCAAUGCCAUCUCCAUGAUCGGUGCGCACACAGACUCCCCUGUUCUGAGAGUCAAGCCUGUUAGCAACAAGUCCGGAGAGGGUUAUAUGCAAGUUGGUGUUGAGACGUAUGGUGGAGGCAUCUGGCACACAUGGUUUGACCGUGACCUGGGAGUUGCGGGUCGCGCUAUGGUUAAAACCAGCGAUGACUCCAUUGCGCAGAAAUUGAUUAAGAUCGACCGUCCAAUCCUUCGCAUUCCCACCUUGGCCAUUCACCUUGACCGCCAGGAAACUUUCUCAUUCAACAAAGAGACCCAGUUGUUCCCUAUUGCUGGCCUUGUGGCAGCCGAGCUCAACCGUACCGGGGAAUCCAAAGAUGCUGAAGCCAAGCAGGAGGGUAAGGGAGAAUUUUCUCCUCUGAAGGCGAUAACUGAGCGUCAUCAUCCCUACUUUGUCGAGCUCCUGGCUGCUGAGGCAGGUGUCAAGCCCGUCGACAUCCUUGACUUCGAAAUGAUUUUGUUUGACACCCAAAAAUCUUGCCUUGGUGGCAUGCACGAGGAGUUCAUUUUCUCACCUAGACUGGAUAAUCUCAACAGCUCUUUCUGUGCCACUGUCGGCUUGAUCGAGUCUGUUGCAGAUUCCUCGGCACUGGAUGAUGAGACGUCUAUCCGACUCAUUUCACUGUUCGACCAUGAGGAAAUUGGAAGCCGUACUGCUCAGGGCGCUGACUCAAACCUCCUUCCCGCCGUCAUCCAUCGCUUGUCGGUUCUCCCUUCGUCUUCGUCCGACCAAGACGAUCUAUCUACAGCCUACGAGCAGACUUUAUCUACCUCCUUCCUCCUAUCCGCGGAUAUGGCUCACGCAGUACACCCAAAUUACGCUGCGAAGUACGAAUCCGAUCACCGUCCAGAGAUCAACAAGGGCCCUGUCAUCAAGAUCAACGCCAACGCUCGCUACGCUACAAACUCGCCUGGCAUUGUUCUUCUUCAGGAAGUUGCCCAAAAGGCGGCGGAAAAUGGGGGCGAGGGAGUCCCUCUGCAGCUCUUCGUUGUUCGCAACGAUUCCAGCUGUGGUAGCACUAUUGGGCCUAUGCUGUCUGCUGCUCUAGGUGCUCGAACCCUUGAUCUGGGUAACCCACAAUUAAGCAUGCACAGUAUCCGUGAGACUGGCGGUACCUACGAUGUGGGACACUCGAUCCGCCUAUUUACCAGCUUCUUCAAACACUACUCGAGCGUUUCUAAACAGAUUCUGGUCGAUUGA